AUGACAGUUGAUUGGAAAGCGGCGCUUGAAAAAAUGAUUUUCAUAGAUGGGGACUCCAAGCGACGUGCCGGUGUGUUCAAGAAGGCCAGCGAGCUCUCUGUUCUCUGCGGCAACGAGAUCGCUGUCCUCGCCUUCUCGCCCAACGACAAGCCCUUCUCCUAUAGCCACCCCUCCAUCGAGUCCAUCUUGGAACUGUUUUUCGGCGGUAGUGCCGACGCUGCACCUACUACCCCGCCAAGGCACCCUCUCUCCGCCGUGCUGGUUCAGGCGCUCGCCCGUCAGGAGAAGGAGCUGAGGGAGCGGCUCGAGGCAGGGAGGAGGAGGAAGGCGGCGCUCGAGGAGGCGCUGUGGGGGCCGCAGUGA